AAAAAAAAAAUCUAGGAACCCUAAGGCUUGGGUUGAGCCGCGCUUGAGGAGCGAGCGGAUCUUCUGCUGAGCCUCCAGCCCUGUGCCCGUUCAGCGGGGAGGCCCCGCGCGCCAACUACCAUCGAGAUGUGGCCUCGUCUCGGGGCCACCUGUUUGCUGGGCUUCAGUUUCCUGCUUCUCGUCACCACUGAUGGAUACAUUGGGCUUGGAAAGGGUUUUGGAGACCAUAUUCAUUGGAGGACACUAGAAGAUGGGAAGAAAGAAGCAGCUGCCAGUGGAUUGCCUCUGAUGGUGAUUAUUCAUAAGUCUUGGUGUGGUGCUUGCAAAGCUUUAAAGCCCAAAUUUGCAGAAUCUAAAGAGAUUUCAGAACUUUCCCAUAAUUUUGUUAUGGUAAAUCUUGAGGAUGAAGAAGAACCCAAAGAUGAAGAUUUUAGUCCUGAUGGUGGUUAUAUUCCACGAAUCCUUUUCUUGGAUCCCAGUGGCAAGGUGCGUCCUGAAAUCAUCAAUGAGAAUGGAAACCCCAGCUACAAGUAUUUCUACGUCAGUGCUGAGCAAGUUGUUCAGGGAAUGAAAGAAGCUCAAGAAAGACUGACAGGUGAUGCCUUCAGAGAGAAACAUCUUGAAGACGAGUUGUAACAUGAAUGUACCCCUUCUUUCAUCAAAGUCAGUGUUCCAGAAGGAAAGCAGCAAGGGAAGGAAUAUUGAGGAAUCACCCAGAACAAUUAAAUCAACCAGAACAUCUUGCUUCUACCUGUGCUGGAAGGCGCUCUCUCACUGUGGAAGAAGUCUGCGCACAAAAGCUGUCUGGCAUCCAUAUGGAUCUAACAGUGUGGCAGACUUCCUUCUCCUGCUACCUGUCACCUAAAUGUCCAUUUGUCUUUGAAUGUGAAGAGUGAAACUUGAUGAUACAAAACUUGAGCCACUUGGAGAUUUACUCCUCACAUUUCAGUAUUUGAGUCUUUUCGCAGUUCCUCCAACGUUAUUCACCUUACUGGUGAAAGAAGACGAGUAGCAUCUUUUCUACAAUAUUAACAUUGCAGGGCAGCUUAAAA